AGCUGGCUGUGGAUAGCCAUGCCACCCUGGCAGCGGGUCUUUGCAUCAGCGCGUGCUGCUGCGCGCUCGCAUGGCUGGCUGGCGCUUGGCCUUUCCUCCGGGUCUGUGGCUUUUUGCGAGGCGGAGCGCUUGAAGAGCUGGGAAGAGCGAUGGGCGGUGAAUAAGAUCAAUUGGCACUUGGAAAAUGUCAAUCCACAUCUGAAGAAUCACUUGGCGCAACUCGUAGACCCAAAGGCAUCUGUGGCUGGAGGCAUGGGCCCUCGAGUGUUGGUACCUCUCUGCGGGAAGACUGUGGACAUGGUCUUUCUGUCACGCCAAGGAUAUCGCGUUGUGGGCGUGGAAGGCGUACGGAAAGCCGUGGAAGAGUUUGCCGAGGAGUUUGGGCUCCGGGUUCCAACUGCCAAAGGCCCGACGAUGCACGUGAACUUCCCGCCAGAGGUGGAUGCUCAGCGCUUCCGUGGCCAUGCGGUGCUGAUCGCUGCGGCGGAGCAAAGCAGGCGAGAGCCACCGCCCCCAGUGAUUUUGGUGGAGGGCGACUUUCUGGAGCUGGGUGAAGUCGAGGCAAAAGCCCUGGUGCCCUUUGAGGCGGCUUUCGAUCGUGGCAGCUUGGUGGCUAUUGAACCAGAUGAUCGAGCGCGGUACGCAUCGGCGCUGACGCAUUUGAUGGCCUCGGGGGGCCGCGUGCUGUUGGUGGCCGUGGAACAUGAUGGAUUCGGCCCGAAGAAGGGACCACCCUACGAGGUAUCAGAAGCUGAUGUGCGCCAUCUCUUUGGCCGCCACUUUGAGAUCCAACACCUGGGCACCGUUGAUGCCCUGAACGACAACUUACGCGAGCGUGGCGCCUCACGCUUUGAAGAGUCCGUGUACCUUCUGACCAAGCAUUGAUUGUCGCAAAAA